UUUAUGCUUUGGUCCAGAGUGGUCUACCCGUGUGAAAGCUUUUCUAAAUUUAUUUAGUCUGGCCAAUGCAACGAUCAGCGUGCAGCUGCGAUGCAAAUUUCCUCAGCAGACAAUUCAGCAAGAAUUUAGAGCGGGCUUCACAAGGAGACUUACAUCUGCAGUGAAACCGUCGCUGAUGUUGGAUGUCACCUGUCGUUCCUUCGCUGACAAGCCGGUGGAGAAAGGAAGGUGGUGUCCUGGAGGCCACCCUGUCUUGGGCAGCAUGUUGCCUCUCAGCAUCCCACCUGAGAGCAUGGACAGCGGCCUGUACGGCAAACUCAACAUGCAGCUCGUGACCCUGCUUUCACCUUGUGUGCUGCACUACCCCAACCUGAAAACCCUUCUUACACACGUGGAAGUGUUGGCUUACACCCCGACUAAUGUUCCCAUGACAUUGCCCUUCGCCUUCUUCCGAAACCUCCCAGUUUAUCUGGACUGCCGAGAAUUGUCAGAUCCUUCUGACAGCAGCAUUGUGUACACUUUGGGGCACGAAACGUGCCAGGAGCCUGAGAAAAGGUUGCAUCUGCUCCCCGUCCAACAGAAACUCUUGAUGUUCCUCUUCCUGCAGCACACUGACCAGUUUGCUUCGCAGCUCUCAGAUGUCAUGGUCACUGAUGCUUUAAUUGAGCGCCACUUGGAGGACAUUCUGAACAACAACAGGCAGGCGGUCACAGGAGUGCUGCACACGGAGUUAAGUAACAUACUGAAGGCUCAAGAUUGCAGACAGAAGGAGCAAGAGAAACUGCUUGCAGCAGCUGAGGUCAUUCUCAGCGCAUCUGUCAGUAUUGUGAGCUGGAGCACCAACCUGACCUUCAGAAAAGCCUGCCUGAGUUGCAUGCAGGUGAUCAAUACUCAUGAACUUGCGGGCUCUCUCCACGAAGCCUUACUGAGAGUGAUAUCAUGGAGAUGUGUCCCCAGCAAAGGGUGCUACUCUGUUCAGGUUGAAGAAUGUCUCGAAAGUGUCCAUGAAACUUGAGCAGAAAUUUAAUCCUGUGUUUUUUUAAAGACGUUUGCUCAUGGUUGAAUUGUGUAGAAGCAAUGGUUAAAAUAACAGUUUAUAUACAGUCACACUAUUGCUUUUUGCAAAUAUACUUGAAAAAGCCAUGUAACUAUAGUGGACAGUAUACUAUUGACAACCAAUAGUGAAUUGUCCACAUUCAUUAAAGGUUACUGUAACCCGAACCCAUUCAUGUGUAUGCACAUAAAAGAUCAACUUGACCCAAAUAAACUCUUGACUGGCUCAUGAA